AUGAGUCUUUCUGUAACAGCCCCAAUGAGAAUUCCACUCUUUUCAUGGCUUUUCUUCAUUCCCAUUUGCUCAAUUUUUCUGACCAUCAGUAUCCAUGUGGUGUCUGGCCAAUGUAUUGACGAUCAGAAAUCCUUGUUGCUCCAAUUCAAGAGCAGCCUCAAGUUCCAUACUACUUUGUCCACAAAACUGGUGCACUGGAAUGUAGCUCGUGAUUGCUGUUCUUGGGAAGGUGUAACCUGCAGCAAUGAAAGCUUCAGCAAGGGACACGUUAUUGGUCUCAACCUGAACAACGAAUCAAUCUAUGUUGGACUUGACUAUUCAAGUAGCCUUUUCAGUCUUCAGCACCUCCAGCACCUGAGUUUGGCUUUUAACAACUUCAACAAUUCUCAGAUUCCACCAGGGUUUGGCAAUCUGAUGAAUUUGAGUUAUUUAAACCUAUCAAAUGCUGGCUUUGCGGGGCAGAUUCCCAUUGAGAUUUCGAACUUGAAAAGGUUGGUUACCCUUGAUUUGUCUACAUCUCCUUUCUUGAGUGUUUCUAUGCUGAAAAUUGAGAACCCAGAUUUAGCUAUGCUAGUUCGGAAUUUUUCGGAGCUAAAGGAACUUUAUCUUGAUGGUGUAAAUAUAUCAGCUUCAGGGAAUGAGUGGUGUCGGGCCUUAUCAUCUUCACUACCAAAUUUAAGUGUGUUGAGCAUGUCAGAUUGUUAUCUUUCAGGCCCUCUUGAUUCCUCCUUGUUGAAGCUUCAGUCCCUCUCAAUUAUUCGCCUCAAUAAUAAUCCCCUUAAUGCUCCAAUUCCAGAAUUUUUUGCAAAUUUCACAAAUUUGACUUCCUUGGGUCUCCGUUUUUGUGGAUUGAAUGGAACAUUUCCGGAGAAGAUCUUUUUGGUUCCAACACUGCAGACACUUGACUUGUCAUAUAAUGACCUACUUCAAAGUUCUUUGCCAGAAUUUCUUCCAAAUGGUUCUCUUCGAUCAUUGCUGCUUAGUGGUACAAAUUUUUCAGGGGCACUGCCAGAUUCUGUCGGUAACCUUAAAAGGUUGUCCAAAAUAGAUCUUUCUACGUGCAAUUUCAAUGGAUCAAUCCCAAAUUCUAUGGCAAACCUUACUCAGUUAAUUUAUUUGGACAUGUCAUACAACAAAUUCAACGGACAGAUUCCAUCAUUCAGCAUGGCCAAGAAUCUGACUGAGAUAAACCUUUCCUAUAAUGAUCUGGGAGGUGGUAUUAAUUCAACUCGGUGGGAAGAACUUAUAAAUCUGGUGAAUCUUGACUUGGGUUACAAUUCAAUUGAAGGGAGUAUUCCAAUGUUGCUGUUUUCCCAUCCAUCAAUUCGGAAGCUCCAACUUUCGAACAACAAAUUUUCUGGUGGACUCCAGGAAUUUAACGUUUCUUCUUACCCAUUGGAUCACCUUGAUUUGAGUAGCAACAACUUGGAAGGGCCCUUACCUGCGUCUGUCUUCAAGCUCCAAGGUCUUAACUUCCUCUCAUUUUCUUUCAACAAUUUUAAUGGCUCCUUCCAGCUUGAUGGGAUUCAGAAAUUAAGGAAUCUAUCAGAACUUGAUCUUUCUUACAACAACUUGUCAAUCAAUUAUAAUGAAUCUUCCUUCUCAAUUAAGCGUCCUAGACCUUCACUCCAACAAACUCCAGGGGCAACUCCCACAUCUCCCACCAAACGUUACAUAUCUGGACUUCUCAAAGAAUAA